GCCAUCUUGUAAACGACCAUCUCUAUCGUACGUGGAAGCUUGAGAAUGUCGUUGAAUGGGAGACCCGGCUGUCACCAGAAGUUCUGCACGAGCCUGGGGUGACUCGUUUUCCGUGGGAGAGCGAGUGAAUGCCGAACACAAAGACGACACUGCGCCUUUGGAAAUCAGAUCAGAGCCAUUUCCUGGUAGGGAAGAGCUCCGGCCGCACCUUCGCAGGGUGGAGCCUGUCACAAUGGACUUCCCCGUGGUCCACCUGAUCAUGGGCAAGAGUACGAUGAGAUCCUCAGGCUCUGGAGCGGUUCUUCUCAUGAUCUUCUUGAGUCACCUGACAGCGGCGCUGGAAGUGCCCCUUGAUCCUAAGGUCCUGGAAGGAUUGCCCCAGCCCCCCACUAUCACGCUGCAAUCCCCAAAGGAUUACAUCUUCGACCCACGGGAGGACAUCAUCAUCCACUGUGAAGCCAAGGGGAAGCCUCACCCCAGCUUUUCUUGGACGAGGAACGGGAGCCAUUUUGAUGUGGAGCAAGACUCCAAAGUUCUAAUGAAGCCCGGUUCGGGAACUCUGGUCAUCGACAUCAGCGGGGAAAAGGCCGAGGCCUACGAGGGAACGUACCAAUGCACGGCCCACAAUGACCAGGGCACGGCUAUCUCCAACAACAUCGUCAUCAGACAGUCCAGGUCCCCCUUGUGGUCGAAAGAAAGACUUGAGCCCAUCACGGUGCAGACCGGGGUCUCGCUGGUGCUGCAAUGCCACCCCCCGGAAGGGCUGCCCCCUCCCGUUAUAUUUUGGAUGGAUAACAUUUUCCAGAGGCUGCCGCUGGACAAUCGAGUGACCCAGGCCCUGAACGGAGACUUGUACUUUUCCAACGUCCUCCCGGAGGACAAUAGGAACGACUACAUCUGCUACGCCCGCUUCCCGUAUACGCAAACCAUUCAGCAGAAGCAGCCCAUCUCCGUCACGGUGCUGCAAACCUUCCCGGCAGGACAGCGGCGUCCCGAUUUCAUGACUCCUUUAGGCGCCACCAGCACCAAGAUGGUCCUGCGAGGGGAGACCCUCGAGCUGGAAUGCAUCGCCGAAGGCUUGCCCACUCCGGAGAUGUCUUGGCAGAAAGACGGCGGGGAGCUGGCAACCAGCAGAGUUUCUUUCCUGAACUACAAGAAGACGGUUAAGAUUUUGGAUGUAAGCGAAAGCGACGGCGGCGACUACACCUGCACGGCGACCAACCGCCUGGGCACGGCACACCACAUCAUCAAGGUCGCCGUUAAAGCUGCUCCAUUCUGGAUCAGCGCUCCCAGGAACUUGAUCCUGGCCCCAAAUGAGACCGGCAUCCUGACUUGUCGAGUCAGCGGAGACCCCAAGCCGGAUAUUAGUUGGUUUGUCAAUGGAAUCCCAAUACAGAAUGCUCCCGAGGACCCCACUCGCAAGGUGGAUGGCGACACGGUCAUCCUCAGCCGUGUGCAAACCAGCUCCAGCGCCGUUUACCAGUGUAACGCCUCAAACGAAUUCGGCUACCUUAUCGCCAACGCGUUUGUCAGCGUGCUCGCGGAGCCCCCGAGGGUGCUCACUCCUCCCAACCAAGUGUACAAGGUCAUCACCAACAGUCCCGCUUUACUCCACUGCGCCACUUUCGGCUCACCCAUACCAACCAUCACAUGGUUCAAAGAUCGACAAACCAGCAUCAAGAGCGAAGACCCCUACGUGAUCCACGAGAACGGCACGCUGGAGAUCAACGUGGCCCAAUCGCAGAACAGCGGCAAGUACACGUGCAUUGCUAGCAACAACCUGGGCAUCAAGGAGAACCACGUUUUCCUGGAGGUCAAAGAGCCCACGCGUAUCCUGAAGCAGCCCGAGUACAAGGUGGUGCAACGAGGCAUGAGCGCCAUCUUCGAGUGUAAAGUCAAGCACGACCCGUCCCUCGUCCCCACCAUGAUCUGGUUGAAAAACAGCGGCGAGCUGCCAGACGACGAGAGGUUUGAGGUGGACACCGACAGUUUGAUGAUUAAAGACGUCACGGAGGAAGACGAGGGCACUUACACGUGCAUCAUGAACACCACCCUGGACCGGGACUCGGCCAGCGCCACGCUUACAGUCGUCGAGAAACCUGACCCGCCAACUGAUCUGGAACUCACUGACCAGACAGAACGGAGUAUUCAGCUCACCUGGAUCCCUGGAGAUGAACACAACAGUGCCACGCAGAAUUUUUUGAUCCAGUACGAGGAUUUGCUGCACCAGCCCGGCAUCUGGGUCAACAUGACAGAAGUGGCUGGUACGAGCACCACGGCGCAACUGGAACUCUCGCCGUACGUCUACUACUCCUUCCGGGUUCUGGCCAAGAACCAGGUGGGCUACAGCCAACCCAGCCAGCCAUCACGCCAGUACAGAACCAACCCGGCGGCACCUGAUGAGAAUCCUUCAAAUGUUCAUGGAGAAGGAACAGAACCUGGCAACCUGGUCAUCUCCUGGACAUCGCUGACAGGAUUCCAAUCCAACGGGCCCGGUCUGGAGUACAAAGUGCUUUGGCGCCAGAUGGACGUGGAUCAAGAAUGGUCCUCCAAUACGGUGGCUAACGCCUCACAAUACGUCGUGUCCGGAGUUCCCGUCUACGUUCCCUACGAGAUCAAAGUCCAAGCGCUCAACGACUACGGCAACGGGCCGGAAGCCGAGGUCGUCGUCGGAUACUCCGGGGAAGACUUGCCUUUGUCCGCCCCUGAUGGUGUCCUGGUCACGGUUGACAACAGCACAAUGGCUAAAGUGCAUUGGGAGCCGGUGUCGCCUAACUCGGUUCGUGGGAAACUUAAAGGCUACAAGGUAUACUAUCGGCGCCAACGAGGCCUGGAGGAGGAUGUGGAUCAAGACUCCCAAGACCAAGUUCUGACCUUCAGCGAGAAUCAGACCGAGGGAAGCUUAGCGGGCUUGCAGCCCUACAGCCUCUACAACAUCUUCAUCAGGGUCUUGAAUAGCAAAGGAGAAGGUCCUCAGAGUCAGGACAAGCAAUUUGAGACCCUCGAGGGAGUUCCAGGACCACCGUCUUUUUUAAACGUCUUGAAUACCAGUUUGGACUCGCUCACUCUGGAAUGGGGUCCACCACUGAAGAAAAAUGGACGCCUUAUUGGGUACACGCUGAAAUACCAGCCAGUCAUUAACAGCACGGAAGUGGGGCCGGCCACCGUCCUGGAUUUCCCGCUCAACGAGACCACGGUGGCGUUGGACAACCUCAACUCCAGCGUCCUCUACAAGUUCCACCUGAGUGCAAAGACCAUCAAAGGCGCUGGCGCCAAUUUCACCAAAGAGGCCUCCAGCGUCAAGGAAACAACUCAUAUUCAGCCCACUGUCCAGACGGGCAAAGGCCCCACUGAGCCCCCUCCUCACCCAACCUCCCCCGUCACUCAAUCUACGCACCCCCCGCUUCGCAAGGCGCCCUCUGUGGCUCCCGUUUUUGGCAUAGUAAACACAUCAGUAUGGGAGGAGUGCGCCAUGAUCACUUGGGAAUACUUUGGACACCAUAAGAACAUUUAUGUGGAAUACACGGUAGAAAACAGUAAAGAGGACUGGAAAAGGGAGUCGGUAAACGGCUCUCACUCGCAUAUUUUAAAAGGCUUAAAACCGGGGACGUCCUAUAGGGUGCGCGUGGUCGCUCGAGACCCGGCCGGGGCGGCGCCCCACACCACCACUGAAGAGGUGGUUACAGUGCCAGCCGUGGCCAGUCGGCACGUGGACAUCGCCACCCAGGGCUGGUUCAUCGGGCUGAUGUGCGCCAUCGCCCUGCUCAUCCUGGUGCUCCUCAUCGUCUGCUUCAUCAAGAGGAACAAGGGCGGAAAAUAUCCAGUGAAAGAGAAAGAAGAAGCCCACCAAGACCCGGAGAUCCAACCCAUGAAGGAGGACGACGGCACAUUUGGAGAAUACAGUGACACGGAGGACCACAAGCCGCUGAAGGGCAGCCGGACGCCGUCCAACGGCACGGUGCGGCGUGACGAGAGCGACGACAGCCUGGUGGACUACGGAGAAGGCGGGGACGGCCAGUUCAACGAGGACGGCUCCUUCAUCGGCCAGUACAGCGGCAAGAAGGAGAAAGACACGCACGAGGGCAACGAAAGCUCCGAGGCGCCGUCGCCCGUCAACGCCAUGAACUCUUUUGUCUAA